AAUUUCUAAUAGAAGAUUAUCAAUAGUAAGUAUAUAUAUUUUUGUUUAUUAAAAAUAUAUUAAAAAUAUAUUAAAAUUUGAAAAUCAUAUUUAUUGUAAGACUUUAAAUACUUAUAUUUAUUUAUACGUUUUAUAUUAUUUAUAUUUAAUAUCUAUAAGUUUAUAGAAAGUUGCAUUGAAAUUUAUAAUUUUUUAAAAAUUUGUAUUGAUAAAUUGAAUCAUGAAAAUUAAUAUCUAUUUAUAGUUUUUCUUUGUCCAUAAAAAUUUUAAAUACAUAUAUAUUAAAUACAUAUUACAUAUAUAUAUUACAUAUUAUAAACAUUAUAUUAAAAUAUAUUAAAAACAUUAUUCUUGAAAUAUAAAAAAAUUAAUAAAUCUUUAAUAUUGUUUUUUUUUAUAAUAAUUUAAUUAUAUGUAUAUAAUGAUAUAAAAAAAUAGUAUAUAGAAGUUAAAAAUAUUAAAUUCUGUAUAAUUUCAUUAAUUUAUUAAUAAAAUUAAUAAUUAUAAAUAAUUAAAACAUUUAAUAUUUUUGUAAAAAAAUAAAAAAAAUAAUGAUUAAGAUUUAUUUGUGCUUAAUACUAAGUGAUAAAAAAUCUUAUAAUAUUUAUUAUUAUAAUUGAUAUAAUGUCGAAAAUAUGAAUUUGAAAGAAAUAAAAGAAGCGUAACAUUGAUUCUAGUCGUGGAGUGAUUUAUCGUUUGUACAGGGCCACCAAGUGUAAUAAGCAACGCGUUCUGCCACUAGCUAACCAAUUUUGAUUCAUUAAUAGGUCGACCCGUAUGACCCAAAGUGUCUGCGACUGCUAAACGAAUUAAUUUACCCAUAUUCUUCUUUGCCAAUGUGUGUUUUUCUUACACAAAAACAAAAUUUUGUUUACUGUCAAUUGUGACUAUUUUUAUCUGUGAGUUAUCUCUACUAUAUGCAUAACAUUGUUCUGCUUUGAAUUAAAAAUAAUAUAACUCAAAAUUUUCGUCGAUAUGUAAAAGGAUUUUUAAUCAUAAAACUAUGUGCAAAAUGAAGAUCAAUUGGAUUUACAGAUGCAGUGGUUUGCUAUAAUGAUAUGUUUAUAUGCUGGAGUAGCUAGUGCAAGAACAGAAGAAGAUCAACAAACAUCUUCUUCAACUUCAAUUACUGGAAUAUCUGAUGGUCUUUUAGAACAUUGUUUUUAUCAGCAAUCUAAUGAAUGUCCUGAUGUCAAAAUAACUGGAUGUUCUUGUAAAAAAAUUAUUCUUGCUCAUAAUAAUCCUGAAGGCAAUGCUGUACUUUGUUGUAAUUUGGAUAUUCAAAACUUUGAAUCAGAACUUUCUUGUACAGGAUUUCCAUCAAAUAUAUCAUACAUACAUAUAAGAAAUGCAACAUUGGAUGUAUUCAAUGUAAGUGAAAUUCGAUGGAGAAGAUUAAAAUCACUUGCAAUUACAGAUGGUAAAAUUAAUAGAGUAAAAGGACAAUUUCGAAUGAUGACUCCAACAGUUUGUUUGAAUCUUUCAAAUAAUGCUCUUAUUGAAGUAGAGAAUAAUUCACUUACAAGAUUAGCUCAACUCACUACUUUGGAUUUAUCUUAUAAUAAUCUUACACAUUUACCAGCUUUAAAUACAAUGAACGGUCGCGAAUUUUGGCUUGAUAUUUCAGGAACAAAUACACUUUGGUGUCAUGAUAUUUAUCAAUAUAUUAAUAAAACAGGAGAAAAGCAAAUUAAUUUUAAUCAUGAAAAUGAAACUGUAUGUUCAGCUAGUAAAACUUGGCAUUGGUUUAAUACGACAGAACAAGUUCCAUUGAAACAAGUUCGAUAUCUUAGUUUGUUACAAACAGAAUGUCCUAAAGGAGAUACAUGGCAAUGUCAAUGUAAUUUCAGAAGAUUGGAUAUUGUUGAAGGUAAACCACCAACUUUAGCAGUAAAUGUAGAUUGUAGUGGAAUUCAAAUUACCGAAUUACCUGAAAAAUUACCUCGCAAUACUAUAGCAUUGAAUGUUUCAUAUAAUAACAUCACUGUAUUAGAUGAUCUAAGUACUAAUCCAUGUUAUGAAGAUAUAAGAGAGUUUUAUGCUGACCACAAUAAUAUAUCAUCUAUAAAUAAAUUAGAAGGUUCUAAAUUUUUGGAUAAUUAUGCUUUUCUUAGUUUACGAUAUAAUAAAAUUAAAUCUCUUCCUACAUAUAUUUUAAGCCCUAAUACUCAUGACAAGAGUUUCACUAGUUCGCGAUUAGUAAAGCUUGGAGGAAAUGAAUUACAUUGUGAUUGUAAUACAGCCAAGUAUUUAAAGGUAUGGCUACAAACUCGUAUAUUAGAUUCCGAUGAAGUAUUUUGCGAAAAUGUAAAAGAAAAGGUUAUUGAUUUAGAACCUUCAAAGAUGUGUGUUUAUCCUGGCGAUUGGACAGAUUAUAUUUAUUAUAUUAUUGCUACAGAAGUUGUACUUUUAAUAAGUCUUAUAGCUAAAGUAUCAUAUGAUUAUUGGAUUUUUAAAACAGCAGGCUAUCUUCCAUGGCCAGCAAAUAAAAUGCCAAAACUACCUUGUGAUUGGCUAUGUGAAACCUAGUAAUAAUUUUUUUUUAUAUUCAUUUAUAAUAUUUUCUAAAAAAGACAGAUUCCAAUAAUAUUUCUAUAAAAAAAUAUUAAAUUUUUAUAUAUUAUCGAAUACGAAUGUUUUUAUACAUACAUGCGCGUGCACGCACAAAUAUUAUAAAAAUUUUGAAUUGAAUAAUUAUAUAUUUUAAAAAAAUAUAUAAUUACUAAAUAAUAUAUUAUGUAUUCAAAUAAUUAUUAAUUAUAUAAAACUAUUAAGAUUUUAAGAAUUUAAAUAAUUUAAAUAAAUUCAUAAAUUUUAAAUUUGUUCAUGACUGAUAUUGAAAUAAUUCAUUUAUAUUAAAAUUUAUAAUGCAUAAUUUUUUUUAUAAAAUAAUUCUCAUAUACAGAAAAAAAAACUUGAAUAAAAUUGAUAUCAGAAGUUAAUAUAAUUACAAUUAAAUAUAAUUAAUUAUAAUUAAAAUAUAAUCUUUUUAAUAAAUAAUAAUAGUUUUUAUUGAAAAAAAAAACAAUUUAUUUUAAUUUAUAAGCUAUAAUAAUUGAAAAUUUAAUGCAAUUAACUCAAAAUGUGUGUUCAUAUAAUAUUAUAUUUAUAUAUAUAAUACAUAUCAAUGCAUAAUUUUAAUAUAUUAUUUAAAUAUAUUAUAAAAAUGUGAUAUUUUUUAUUAAAAGUUAUUAUUUGUAUUCAAUAUAAUAUAAUAUAAUAUAAUGUAACAAUAAAUAUAAUGUGGUAUAAUAAUAUAUAAUAAUACGAAUUUUUUUAUUGAUUUAUAGUUCCUUUAUAAUUGCAAAUUUAUACACUAUAUUUUUAUAUUUAUAUAUAUAUAUAUUUCAUAUUUAUAUAUAUAUGUAUACAUUAUAUUUAAAACAAAAAAUUGUCUAUUACUUCUAUAUAUUCUUUAGUUUUUUCUUUUUCUUAAUUUUAUAUACUAUAUUUUUAUUAUAAUUAAUUUUUUUAUUUUUUUUAAUAAUUUUAAUUUUUUUUAACUAAUGUAAUAUUCAGUUAAAAUAUAUAUAUAAAAUGCUUAAAAUUAAUUAUACAGUAUAUUAUAUAUAUAAACUUUUA